AUGGCAUCGUACGCAACGGCAGAACGGCUGCCUGUAGAUGAGCGCCGUAUCCAUUUCACUGGGAAGCGGAGAGCAGAAGACGACCUUGAAUCUCAGUCGAGCAUAUCAUCGCAUUUCAAGAAACUCCGACUAAACCAUGCGGUGCCUCAGUCGUUAGCCUCACCACAGAUAUCACCGACCACCGUCUCGUUCCGGCCUCAGAGUGCCGAUGUCGACGCCCGACCUACGCUGGCCACGCAUCCCCCGCUACAACAUGACUCCUCUGCCCCGUUCAGAAUGCCUACCAUAGCGGACACGGACUUCAUGACCGUGGACGACACACCGCAUCGAGUCAUCAUUAGCGAUCUCGACGCUGAAAUUGCCCAGAUCGAGGCCGACGAGGCCGCAGCUACAUCGGCGGUGUUCCUACCGGACAUAGACAAGAAGGUAUCCUCAAUCCCGUCACGCGUGCUGCACCAUCGUGCACCCACCACCCCGCCGCAGAAUUUCAACACCGCGUUAGUAUUAUACCGCGAACCUAGUAGCAUCGGUGUACCAGAAGAAAGAGAUGUGGUGAGGAAAGCCAUCGUUGCAGCUCGUGCUCGGGCUAGGGAGAAACAGGCAGAAGAACUCCGGGAACAAAAAGAAAAACAACAGGCCAUACUUGAUGCCGACUUUUCAGGGCAUGAGAUUGAUUUGGAUGAUGCAAUUGCCCAUCAAACAGCUGCCGAAGACGAAGAUCUAGAUGCAGACGCCAUGGAGAUUGAAUAG